GAAAUUCCUUUCUACAUUUUCUCCGAAUCGUACGGUGGAAAAAUGACUGCAGCCUUCUCCGAUGUUCUUAACGAGGCAAUCAAAAAAUCCGAAAUCCAAAUGAACUUCAAAGGUUUCGCUAUGGGCGAUUCGUGGAUCUCGCCUGUUGACUCUGUCAGUUCUUGGGGCCCAUACCUUUUUGGCACGUCAAUUGUAGACAAUGCAGGUCUGGAGGAAAUCAACAAGGCUGCCCAAAGAGUGGAGGACUUAGUCAAAGCAGGGGAGUGGAGAGAAGCAACUAACGCCUGGAGCUCGGCCGAAGUGACGGUGGGCGCGGUCUCCUCAAAUGUCAACUUCUACAACAUCAUGGACUGGAGAGGGGCCACCAUGGGACUGCAGGACGGCAGCAAGUCCGACAUAGAUCUCCUGUAUGCGCGCCACGUGAAACCGUUACACAACGGAGACCUGAACCAACUCAUGAACGGCCCCAUCAAGAGAAAGCUGAAAAUUAUCCCAGACUCCGUGGAAUGGGGAGGUGCGUUCUCGUGUUCUCAACCUUAA